UAUGAAUGUGUAUCUGAGUGUGUAAGAGUGUGUGGGUAUGUCUGAGUGUCUGAAUGUGUGCAAGCACGCAUGUGUGUGAGUAUGUACAAGUACGUAUGAGUGUGUGUGAUUUUGUAUGAGUGUGCAUGAGAGUGUGUGUGUGUUUGUGAGUGUGUUUGAGUGUGUGUAUGAUGUGGAUGGCUGAUGUGAGUGUGUUUAGAGCUCAGAGAUGAGUUUCGAAGCCAUUUUAGAGGAGACUUUGAUCAAACGGUCACAGCAGAAGAAGAGAACUUCUCCACUCAACUAUAAAGAGCGGGUUUUUGUCCUCACCAGAAGCAAACUGACGUAUUACGAGGGACGAGCCGAGAAGAAGUUCAAGAAGGGCUCUAUUGAUUUGCAUCGUGUCAGGUGUGUCGAGAUUGUAAAAAAUGGAGGUUUGGUCAUACCAUGUGAAAACAAGUAUCCCUUCCAGGUGGUUUAUGAUACAAACACUCUGUAUAUUUUUGCUCCCAGUAAUGAGAGCAGGAGUGCAUGGGUACAAAACAUGAAGGAAGAGAUCAAAAAUAAUCCUCAGAUCAUGGCGAAGUUCCACCCUCAGUUCUGGCAGGGGGAGUGGCUGUGCUGCGGUCAGGAGGAUAAACUCGCUCUGGGCUGUGAAGAGUACAACCUGUUUGGAGACAUUUCACGGAAACCGCUCCCCCCUAUUCCUGGUGCAGAGACUACAUAUCGGCGCCCACUGCCACAGACUCCCCCUGAUGCAAAAGGGGAGGAGCCUUCAGAGGAAGUAGUCAUUGCAAUGUAUGAUUUUGAGGGAACAGAAAGUCAGGACCUCACACUGCAUCAGGGAGAGGAGUACGUCAUCAUCGAGAAGUGUGACGUCAACUGGUACAAAGCACGCAAUAAGCAGGGGGAGGAAGGCUACAUUCCCAGCAAUUACGUGACCCCAAAGCAGCCAGAUAAUUUGGAGCAAUUUGUGUGGUACUGCAAAAAUGUGAACCGCAACAAAGCAGAGGAGCAGCUAAGGAAAGAGGAUAAAGAGGGAGGGUUCAUGGUGCGAGAGUCCAGUUCUGGUGCUUACACGGUUUCUCUCUACACAAAAUCUUUGGGUGAUGGAGGCUCUGCAAUUAGACAUUACUACAUUAAAGAGACUCAGGCGUCACCCAAACAGUUUUAUCUGUCAGAGAAACAUCCAUUCAACAGCACGGAAGUCAUAGAGUACCACAAACACAACGCAGCAGGUUUGGUGACCAGAUUGCGUUAUCCAGUAAAUAGACACAGCAGAGCCGCACCAAAAACAGCUGGAUUCAGCUAUGAUAAGUGGGAGAUUGACCCAUGUGAGCUGACCUUCAUGAAGGAGCUCGGCAGUGGGCAGGUCGGAGUGGUGCGACUGGGAAAAUGGAGAGCGCAGCACAAAGUAGCCAUUAAAGCCAUCAAAAAGGGAGCCAUGAGUGAAGAGGACUUUAUAGAGGAGGCUAAAGUCAUGAUGAGUCUGUCCCAUCACAAACUGGUUCAGUUAUACGGAGUGUGUACGCAGCAGAGGCCCAUUUACCUGGUCACAGAGUUCAUGGAGCUCGGCUGUCUCCUGAAUUACAUCCGUCAGCGCAGAGGUUCACUCAGCCCACAAAAUCUGCUCAGCAUCUGCCACGACGUGAGCCAGGGCAUGCAGUACCUGGAGGCCAACCGCUUCCUCCACCGGGAUCUGGCUGCUAGAAACUGCCUCGUGAGCGACUCACAUGUGGUGAAAGUGUCAGACUUCGGCAUGGCCAGAUAUGUUCUGGAUGAUCAGUACCUCAGUUCCUCAGGAGCCAAGUUUCCAGUGAAGUGGUCUCCACCUGAGGUCUUUAAUUUCUGUCGCUACAGCAGCAAGUCUGAUGUCUGGUCCUUUGGUGUGUUGAUGUGGGAGGUGUUCACCGAGGGGAAAAUGCCGUUUGAGAACAACCUGAACCAUGAGGUUGUAACCAUGGUGAUGCAGGGUCAUCGCCUCCAUCAGCCCAAAAAAGCUGCACCACACAUCUAUGAGAUCAUGCAGAAGUGCUGGCAGGAGAGACCGGAGGACAGACCAGCGUUCAGAGACAUCACACAGAUGAUUGCUGACGAGCUGGAGACAGAUGGACACACCUCCUGAUCCCUGAUUGGACGACCUGACUAA